UCAUUCUUGAACUUCUUCCUGAAUGUCGUUUCGACUGAACUCGCAAGUGGUUUCUCGGGCGAUCUCACGAAGUACCUUCAAGCCUAUAUCAGUGAACUUCCGCGUACUCAAUAUCUCAUCUUGUCUCGCAAUGCCUACGUAUACCGGCGGCUGCUAUUGUGGCAACAUCCGCUACAGAUUGAACUUGAGCUCUGCGGACGAAGCUCGGACGAGCAUAUGCCACUGUAGGAAUUGCAAGAAAUUUACUGGGUCCGAAUUCGGCAUCACAGCCAGGAUUCCCCGCAAGGCCAUGCAGAUUACCAAGGGACAGACAACUCGCCAUGAAUCCGACAACGGCGCUGGCACCAUGCUGACUCGCGAAUUCUGUGGCGCCUGUGGGUCCGGUAUCACCGAGUAUAAUGCCAAUGCAGGAGAGAAUACCUACGUGUUCUACGGCAGCCUCGAUCGUCCAGAUGCUCUCCCGCCGAAGGGGGAGUUCUUCUGCAAGAACAGGGCGAGCUGGAUGCCCGAGAUAGCUGGGGUGUUUCACAAGCGAGAGAUCAAGGAAUGACUCUUGCCUUUCAAAAGCUUCAUCUAUCCGGCGAAUGAAUGAGCCGCUGAGCUGUAUCCCCUUGCUCAUUGUAUCAGACUGCUCCAUACAAUAGCCGAUGGUGCCAUAGGUAAUGAAGGAAGUGGGCCUUCCUGUAAGUUUGUAGCGAAGAGCUGCCUCAAGAGUUAAUAAUGCCAGACCAGUUCAGCCAUUCCUUGCUCCCCAAAAUCUAUAUCAGCAAUGCAAUAAGCCCCACGGGAGACAUAACGCCAUUUUUCAUCCCAUAAUUUCGUUCAUACC